AUGGCCUCCAAACCUCCCCUUUCCGAUAUACCCCACUCAGAUCAACAUACAGGCGAUGUUCUGUUUUCUUAUACCUCUGGACGCUGGCUAUGGGACGAAGCAGCCCAGCUUCGGAAACGCUACCAGCCGUUCAAUGUCGAGGAACUCAAAAAAGCAGCGGCCAGAUCCGUUGAUGCGAAACACUGCGUCAAUCUUACAAAAUUACCUGAAGGCUCAUACAAUAAAACAUUCCUAUUAACAAUGGAUAAUGACGUCGAGGUCAUUGCCAAAGUCCCUAAUCCUUAUGUCUCUCAGCAAUUCGUUACAGCCAGUGAAGUCGCAACGCUCGAUUUUCUUCGUAACGAGCUUGGUUUGCCCGUUCCACGAGUUUUUGCGUGGAGCAACAAGAAAGACCAGCCUGUGGGAGUCGAAUAUAUCAUCAUGGAGAAAGCCCCUGGCAAUGAAUUGAGCAAAAAAUGGCCCACUAUGGAUAUAUCGGAUAAGGUGGACAUUGUGUCCCAGUUGGCAAGUAUACAGGCCACAGUAGCCUCUACAGACUUCAGCCACUAUGGAAGCUUGUUCUACAAGGAUGAUAUCGAAGGGGGCAUCACUAUUCCCGGAAGAGCAGAUAAGUUCUGUAUCGGUCCCAGCUGCGACCUGCGAUUUUGGGAAGAGGAGAGGAGGUUCAUGGACGCAUUCAGAGGCCCUUGGUCGUCAUCCGAAGCAUACGCUAUGGAUAUUGCCAGGCGAGAGAAAGAAUGGAUCAGCCGGUUUGCAAACCCUCGCCAUCCGGCAGACCCCUUGAGACAGUCCGAUAGCCAAGAGUCCCCGGACUGUCACAUUGAACUCCUGGACAAAUAUCUGAAAGUGGUGCCUCAUUUGAUACCAUCAGAUGCAGGUCAAAAUCGAUCCGUACUCUGGCACGCCGAUUUGCACUCCGGGAAUAUAUUUGUAAAGGAUAACCAGAUUGUCAGCAUUGUUGAUUGGCAAGGCUGUUCUAGUCUUCCUAUAUUUCACGCAUGCAGGAUGCCAAAAUUCCUGAGAUUUCAAGGGUCAUUGCUUUUCGAUCUUCCCCCGGCCACAGGCCUCACGCCAGAAGAAAAAGAGGACAAUCUACGAAGAUACCAGCUUACACAACUCCAGAGACUAUACAUUUCUAAGUUCCGCGACAUCGAUGAUGAUAUCUUCUCCGCUAUUUCGUUUCCCCAGGCUUUAACGCGACAGCAGCUCAUCGACUUUUCAGGGUACACGUGGGAUGACGAUGGCUUGUUUUUGUUCCAAGAGAUGAUGCUUCGAACAUGGCGCGAAUGGAUGGAAUUAACUGGCCAGCCACAGUCUUCUUGCCCUGUGGCAUUUACCGUCGAUGAGCUUGCGAGUCAUGCUGCCGAAGAGAAGAGCUGGGAAGGUCGCAGAGAGCUCUUCGACGCCCUUGGAAUUCCCACUGAUGGCUGGGUACAUCUUGAAGACUUCGAAGCCAAGGUAGAGACGAUGCGCAAUCUAGUGAGCUCGAUCAUAGACUCUGCGGAUGACAAAGAUAGCGUGAAGGAGGCACUAAGAGCCUGGAAAUUAUCAGAUUUAGGGCCUGCAAGCCUGUCCGGUAAUCUGAUGAGUAUCUAG